AUGGCUGAUGGAGAGAUUGAUUUCAGUUACAGUGGAGCAAAUGCUGCAGCAUAUUGGUACAAACUGGAAAAUUCAUCGGAAAUUUGUCUUACGGGCAAAAAGCAAUCUCCAAUUGAUAUUAGUCCUGACGAUUUCAAACGUCACGCUAAUCCACCCGAAGACAUUAAAGUCGAGAAAGCUUAUGAUGUUGAUAUAGAUUACGACGGUCACACGAUCGAGAUUUUGAAUGGUGAAAACGAAUUACCUGCAUCGUUUAAAUUGGACGGAAAAUCAUACGAAUUGCAUCAAUUCCAUUUCCACACUCCAUCAGAAAAUCUAGUCGAUGGCAAAUAUUUUGAUAUGGAGGCCCAUUUCGUUUUUAAAACUGAUAGCACCCCGAAUGCAAGUUUGUCUGUUGUGGCAGUUUUGUAUGAUAUUGGAUCAGAGAACCAAUUCUUAAUUCCGAUAAUUCCAACUGUUGUUAAUGAAGUAAAGAAAAUAAAAGAACUUGAUUUGCCACGCGUGUUUCACGAUAUUGAAUUUAUUUCUAAAGCAUAUAGAUAUUCGGGAAGUUUAACCACUCCUCCGUGUUCUGAAGGUGUCGAAUGGUGGCCAGUAAUAAUUGAUACAAUGAACCACUUAUUUUCAUACAUUGCAAAAUAUGCUCACAAAUUACGUAAAAGAGAUGCAAUUAGAUGA